AUGGCACUCUUAUCUCCUAAAAGCAGGCUCUUGCUUGUCAUUGGUGUCCUACUAUAUGUUAUCACCCACAUAACUGUCAAGUGCCCCCUUACACAGUCCUAUCAAUUGGACGCUUCACAAUCCAACGAUGCCCUCUGUCUUUACAGCCACAAGUACUAUAGGUUUGUGGAGCCAUACUGCGGUCCAGUGAUUGAAGCUGCGGACGCCAGAGUGUUCACCCCGCUGAAUAACUUGUACGCCAAGUCCCCAGUGAAACCAAUUGUGCAAUCUGGCUACGACCAAAGUGCAAAGGUCUACACGAAGUUUGCAAAGCCACAUGUUGACAAGUAUGGUGGCGUUGUUAAGACGAAAUUAAGCGAGUUUUUUGAUAAGGCGACGGCCAAGACGCAGGAGGUGACAAGACACGCCCUGCUUUAUGUCAGAGCCAAAGGUGCAGAAGUGGGGGAAUAUGCUAGGUUGAAAUCUCUCGAGCUAACCACAAAGGCCAAGCUGGUGGUUUUAACAAAAAUCAUCCCCCGUACUGUCUCCAUUUUUCACCAGGUGAAGACAAUGCUCUAUAUCCAGGGAACGAAGUUGAAGCUGGCAUUGUAUCUUAGAUAUAACCUCUACGUGAGGCCACAAUUGGUGAAACUCUACUUUACUUUACGGUUGAACAAGCUAGAGCCGCAUGUGGAAGCAUUCAGGAAUUCCUGGUUCUACGUGAAUACCAAAAGAUUGGUUGUUUUGCUGGUGGACGCAUUGGGGUACUUUUACAGCAAAACCUACGAGUAUCUCGAUGCUUUCCAGCGAGACUCGAAGAUCAGAAAGACGACCGAGGAGUAUUGGCGGACGGAGCACAAGAAGCAGUUUCUAAAAGACGAAUUCAACAAGCUUCUGAAUGCCAAGUUCAAGAUCCCAACGUAUGAGGACGUCGAGUUCUUCAAGAAACUGUCGAAGCAGGCUGCCGAGACCGACAAGACAGACGACGUCUCGGAAACUCUCAGCGAGGCCGAGCCCACACUUACCAAGUACAACAGGAUGUUAAAGGGGGUAACGCAGGACGCGUUGAAUGACUUUGAGUCACAGGUGGCCCAGGUCGACGAGAGUGCUUAUAACAAGAUCUACAACCAGUUAAGACCUAAGCUGCAGGAGUUGGGCGAGCUGGUCAACCGCAACUACGAUGAGGCACACGUCAUGAUCCACGACAUCAACCACGACACGGACAAGUACGUUACUCGUCAGGACAUGCGCGAUCUUCUUAAGCGUCUUUCCGAGUCGCUGACACAAAAGGGUGUGGAGAUCACUGAGGAUUUCAGGAAAUACGAGCAAGAGUUCUCCGACGAGGUGCUGCGUGUGAGGACGUCCAUCUUGGAGACCCUUGAAGAGUUCAGCGAGUCUACGCUCAACGCCUACUCCACAGAGAUUGUGAAGAACGGAGACGACUGGAAAGAGUGGAAGAACUACAAAGAACUGAAGCAGGAACUAAUCCAGACCAGAGACCUGCUUCUGAGCUCCACUCCAAAGUUGGAACGCGUGACCAAGUUGCUGAACGAGCUCAACAGAACGCUGGGUACUUUGGUUAACGACGGAGAAUCGUAUUUGGCCAUAUUGCGUGCCAAGGCCAACGUCGAGUUCCAGGCCCGCGAAAAGGCCGAAAGAGAAGCUGAGCAGGAGACCACGAGCACAAUCAUGCUGUACGAGACCGUUGUUCUUGAUGAGAAUAACCAGCCGGUGAGCACUAUCCACGCAGAACCUCCAGUUUCGAACGAGGAGGUCAAGACGUUGAUAAUAUGA